GCACAUUAAGGGAACUCUUCUGCGUUUGCACCCAAAGUAACGACUUUGGCACUUUAUAUAGACUUAAUCCAGAAUGAUACAUCGUAUAACAUCGAGUGGUCUCAAAUUUUAACGUUACAGAAUAACGAACUGCGUCAUUUAUACGAACUCGCACCCCUUUAUAUCCACAACUACAUUUAUCAAUCUGAGGGCCGAAAUCAGCACACAUUCAAUCAUUGAUCCAGAUGAGCCAGCUGGGCACGAGCACUACUCGCAAAACGCGAAUGGGGCGUUUCAAAGACGUCGAAACUGAUAAUAGCCUGUUUUGUUUUGAAAUAGCGUUUGGGACUUUGUAGUUAUGGGGUGUCGGCAUCCGCUGGAUGGAUGGGUGGACGCUACGUGGUAGUUUAUGAGUGAUCGGACCGGUGUGCUGAACGGGUUCAGUCCGAUCUAUACAGGUCUGAAAUGAGAAACAUCACACGUCUAUUUGGGGCGACCCAACCUCAAUGGGUCUCCUGGCUGCGGCUCUUGUUUUCGAUGCUCUUUUGGACCUGUUUAAAAGCACAGCAGUUAAAAAACGCUAGAUGGCCGCUGUAUUCCGGCAAGCCUUUGCUUUUGGCCUGGAACGCCCCUACAGAAGACUGUAGACCUCGACAUGACGUCACCUUCCAGUUAGAUCAAUUCCAAAUUGUGGCGUCACCGAACGAGGGCUUCACCAAGCAAAAUCUCACCAUUUUUUAUCAAGACCGUUUAGGUAUGUACCCGUAUUUUGAGUCAGACAGCACUCCAGUCAACGGCGGCCUACCGCAAAUCGCCAGUCUCACACAACACCUAGAACGGAUGCCGGAAGGGCUCAAGAAGUACAUCAAGGACCCGACAGUGAAAGGCCUCGCUGUGAUCGACUGGGAGGAGUGGCGGCCCCUCUGGAUACGUAAUUGGGGCCCUAAAGACAUUUACCGCGAUCGUUCGCGACGGUUAGUCGCGGAGAAAAACCCAACUUGGCCUCAAGAUCAGGUGGCCAAAGUGGCCCAGCAAGAUUUCGAGCUUUCUGCACGUAAGUUCAUGUUGGAGACGCUUCGAUCAGCCAAGAGCUUACGGCCCCAGCAACUUUGGGGUUUCUACCUCUUUCCAGAUUGUUACAAUCACAAUUACCAAAGUAAGAACUACACGGGACGCUGUCCAGAUGUGGAGGUGACCAGGAACGACCAACUAAAGUGGCUGUGGAUGGAGAGUACAGCUCUGUAUCCUUCCAUAUACAUGGCAAAUGUGCUGAAGGACCAACCGGCCGGACGCCAGUUCGUACGGAACCGGGUCAAGGAGGGCAUGAGGUUGGCUUCUGUUGGGAACGGGUCAGCCAGGCCUGUGUUUGUCUACACGCGGCCCACUUACCAAAACAAUCCUCCAGCUUCUAACGGCAACCUUCUUGAACUCCUGCUGUUGACAGAGAUGGAUCUGGUGUCGACCAUCGGCGAGAGCGUGGCGUUGGGUGUAGCGGGCGUCAUCCUCUGGGGCGACUCCAACUACGCUAGCAGUCAUACGGCUUGUUCUAGUCUUAAUGAAUACCUGCGAGGGCCGUUGGGUCGUUACCUGCUCAACGUGACGUCGGCCGCCGAGCAGUGCAGCCGAAACCUCUGCGGAUUUCGUGGCCGCUGCCUUCGCAAACGUCCCGACACGGACACGUACCUGCAUCUCAGCCCGAACACCCACAGCAUAGAGCGGCAGGGAAACAUGCUGAAGGUCUCGGGCCAGAUGGGAGAAGAAGAGCUGAGCCGCGUACGGGAUGAGUUCCAGUGUCAGUGCUAUAACGGGUACGUCGGCGACGACUGCAGCCAGAGGGAUGCUGGGAAUAGAGCUGCGCUCGUCUGGACCACGUUUUUGCAAGUUCUGCUGUUGCCGCUGCUCUUGAUGGGGUUCCUGCACUGAGGAGUUAAGUAGAAGUGGUUUGAGGACGAUACGCCGGACCUUCUCGUCAAGAAAUGCGUGACGUCAGCAGGAGGAAGGCCUUUUGUUCGAUAGAAUUUGAACAGAAAUGGAGAAUUUGAAUGCGCACGUUAACUCUGUGGAGUUACAGCACAGUGUUUUUUUGUUCGAGUGCAUCGCCCCCUGCUGCAUGGGAGGCUGAACUGCGAUUUUCGGCUAGGUUUGAUGUUUGUGUAUGCGUGAAAUAAAUUUUAUCUUGUCUGUGUGCAUUUUUUAUAAAAAAUUUUUUUUGAUGUGGUUGUGUUUCUUUGCCUUCAUACCUGCGUAAAACCAGUUGUGACCUUAUUUCUGCUGUGUGUCACAGGACCAGCUCCUUAAAAGGGACAUGUUUUGUUACUUCCAACGCUGCUGCUUCAUUAAAACCUCACUUAGAUUGAAA